AUCGUUUUUAGCACUCGAGCCGACACCCAUUUUAGUCCGUAAAGUUAGAUGUUUUCGAUGCUCCGUUCUUGCCAUCUCCGCUUCUCACUGCUCUCUCCGCUGCCCAACUUCUCACUCUCUCCCUCUUUCUCUCUCAAUUCCUAUCAUAAACCAGAGUGAUCAAUAGUUUCUUACGAAGAAGAAGAAUAGGGGACAAUGGAUCCGUGUCCUUUUGUGCGGCUUAUGAUCGAAUCGCUGGCUCUGAAGCUUCCAUCAGCGACCACCCACACCCGGCUCGGUGUUCACCCAUCAACCACUCCCUGCUUCUGCAAAAUCCGGAUAAGUUAUUUUCCUUCUCAGACUGCUCUGCUCCGUCUCUGUCCUUCAAACGGUGACACUGCGCCGGAAUCCACCACCUCUGCCGCUGGCUUCCACCUGGACAGCGACUCACUCCGUCGUUUUUCUGGUAAGCCCGUCAGCCUUCGUGUCUCCGUCUACGCCGGCCGGAUGGGUCACACCUGCGGCGUGAGCGGCUCCAGGUUACUUGGCCGUGUUUUUGUGAGCAUUGACCUAUCCGAUGCUCUGUCUCGCCCUCACACCUUCCACAAUGGUUGGCUCCAGCUCGGGAAGAACGAACCACUCAAGCCAUCGGCCCAGCUCCACCUCGUAGUCCGGUCCGAACCCGACCCCCGCUUCGUCUUCCAGUUUGGCGGCGAACCGGAGUGCAGCCCCGUGGUUUUCCAGAUUCAGGGGAAUAUCAGACAACCCGUUCUGAGCUGCAAGUUCAGUGCGGAUCGAAAUUCCAGAUCACGGUCUCUUCCAUCGGAUUUUACCAACCACGCAAGCAAAUGGAGGAGGACAUUUACCGGUGAUAAAGAUCGGCAAGGGAGAGAGAGGAAAGGUUGGAUGGUAAUAAUACACGAUCUCUCGGGCUCCCCGGUGGCGGCAGCCUCCAUGAUCACUCCCUUCGUCCCUUCACCUGGUUCGGACCGUGUUUCCCGGUCGAACCCCGGCGCCUGGCUCAUUCUCCGGCCCAACGGCGCCUCCGUGAGCAGCUGGAAACCGUGGGGCCGCCUGGAAGCGUGGCGGGAAAGAGGUCCCACAGAUGGGUUAGGGUACAAGUUCGAGCUGGUGACCGAGAAUGGACCUGCGAGUGGGAUCCCCCUGGCUGAAGCUACGAUGAACGUGAAAAGAGGAGGUCAAUUCUGCAUUGAUUACAGAGCGAUGAAGGAUUCUGGGUUGGGUUCGAGGUUGGCCGGAAAAGGGUUCGUGAUGGGUUCGACGGUGGCGGGUGAAGGCAAAGUGAGCAAACCGGUUGUACAGGUGGGAGCACAGCACGUGACGUGCAUGCCUGAUGCUGCUCUCUUCAUCGCCCUCUCUGCCGCCAUUGAUCUCAGCAUGGAUGCUUGCAGGCUCUUCUCCCAUAAACUUCGGAAGGAGCUUUGCCAUGUUGAUCAUGAUUCGUUUCCAUAACCUCAUCUCUAUGCUAAUCAACGUACAACCCAGUUUUUCCUUCUCAUCAUCAUUCUUUCAAACGAUGAUUUUGUCUCUGGUAUUUAUAUAUCUUGAACAUUCUUGAUUCAUUCUUUCUUUCUUUUUGGUCUCUGUCUUUCAUUUUUGCCUUCAUGUGAUCCGGGGAAUGCGGCUUCCCUGGCUAAUGAAGGUUGGUUUCUAGGAUUAGCUUUCUGCGAAUCUGCUGCUUCCAACUUCCAAGAGUCACAAAGUGUUGCUGGUUUUGAUUUUGUAAUGGUGUGUGCCGUAAAGCUUAUCUUCUGGUGGGGGGUUUUCUCAGCAGCGACUCACAGAGUAGGAGGGUGAUGUCGCAGCAUUGUUCCAUACUCGGAUGUAUAAAUCUAAACUCGAGAUUUGAACUGUACAGACAGAUUGAAUGCAAAUGUUUAUUUAUAUGUAUUUAUUUAUGGCUGGAUAUU